AAAAAUAUUGUGUGUAUAUAUUCAGGGCUAUCAUAGUGUGAUAUAGCAAUCAACCAAGGUUUUAGGCACAGAGAGACUGAAACCAUGGUAACAAUCUUAGGUACUCAUACAGUGAUCCCAAAAGAAGAAACUCCAAAGGGUCUUCUAUGGCUAUCAGACAACGACCAACUCUGGCGAUGGAGUCAUACACCUUCAAUCUACGUUUACAAGUCAAAACAGAACAACAACACUGUCCUCGUUGAGAGAAUGCGAGAUUCUCUCAGCGAGAUUCUCGUUCAUUACUAUCCGUUGGCCGGGAGGCUCAACUGGACGGCCGGCGGUCGUUUGGAACUCGAUUGCAACGCAAAGGGAGCCUUGCUUCUCGAGGCCGAAUCCACGAAAUCAAUGGCGGAAUACGGAGACUUCACACCAAACGAACCCGGCAUCAAAGAACUCAUCCCAGCCGUUGAUUACUCUCGUCAAAUGAACGAGCUUCCUUUGUUCUUGGCACAGGUGACGAAGUUCCACGGCGGCAAUGGCGGUUUCGCAGUCGGAAUCCUCUGGUCUCAUCCGUUAGGCGACGGCCUGGCCGCCAUUCGCUUCAUCAACUCAUGGGCGAAGCUCACUCGAGGAGCCAAGUUAGAUCCAAGUGAGCUUCCGUUUCUCGACCGAACGGCGCUCAAAUCAACUGAGCUAUUAACUCCACCCCGGUUCGACCACCGGGAGUUCAAGCCUCUCCCGCUCAUCCUCGGAAGAACCGACAAUAUCGAAGAGCAAAAGAAGAAGACGACCUUCGCGUUGUUAAAACUCACAUCAGAACACGUCCAGAAGCUCAAAAAGAAUGCAAUCGUAACCGCAAACGGAAACGGUAACGGUAACGGUCCUCAUAACGAAUCUCAGAGACCGUACAGCAGAUUCGAAGUUAUCAGCGCGCAUAUAUGGAGAUGCGCUUGCAAAGCUCGUAAUCUUAAAGAGAAUCAACCAACGGUGGUUAAAUUCAACGUCGAUAUACGAAACAGAAUGAAUCCGCCACUUCCUCAAAACUACUUCGGAAACGCGUUGGGUCCGACGGUUACGCCAACUUGCUACCUCAAAGAAAUCACCACUCAACCGAUUAGUUACGCGGCGCAGAAAAUAAGAGAAGCCGUUAAGAAAGUGUCGAAUCACGAGUUUGUUAAAUCACAAAUGGAUUACGUGGCAGGGUUUGAAAACCGUUGGGAUCUGAUUAGGACACCGUACUUGGAGAAAGGUGAGUAUAGAGCUGAUGUGCCUUUCUUUGGGAAUCCUAAUAUUAUACUUGGAAGUUGGAUGAGUAUGCCGUUUUAUGAAGCUGAUUUUGGGUUGGGGAAACCGUUUUAUUUUGGUCCUGGUGGUGUGUGCCCUUAUGAUAGAGCUGUUAUUGCUCUAAUGCCAGAUGAAGAUGGUGAUAAUGGAUAUGCUGUGGUGGUGUACAUGCAUUUUCAGGUGGAACACAUGAAAGAUUUCAUCAAGUACUUUUGGGAAGAUAUUUGAAAAUUAAGAGAUAGCUAGCUCUUUCAAAAUAAUUUAAUCUACCUAUUGAUUCACUAGCUAGUGUGAUAAAAUUCAGUUUUCUAGAAUUGAGUUAUGUUAUUAUUUUCAUGCACUUUUGUAUUUCCAACGGAAACAAAUAUUCGAUAUUCAAAUUUAACAAAAUAAAGUUUAUUAUUAAUGCAUUUCAUA